AGCUAGCUGGGCUGGUCCGUGAACGCACCUCCCUCUUCCUGAGUGGCUUUUCUACUUGUUGUCGCUCACUGAGGAGGAGCUGCUGCUGUGAGAGUCUGAUCAGCCUCAGGUUCAGGACCUCCACUGACUGUCUCAUAGGGAGGACUUACACACAAGUCACACUUUGACUCGUUUGCGUAACUUGGACCAGAGAGUGGGACAAACACCAGCACCGUUUCCCACGGACUAAUCUCCCCAAGAGAGGGCGGGGGUUGGCUGUUUCUUUCUUUUUCUGGAAGGGGUACCACUCGUUCACACACACACACACACACACACACACACACCCCUCCUCAGCAGCAUCCUGAGCAGCUCUUGGAGUCAUUUCCACUUUAAACAGCAGCAGUGUGAAGGCGACUGAAGCCAGUUACUGUAAGAUGCCGAGCAAAAGCCAGAAGUAUCUGCGCCCCCGGCUGUGCACGCUGGAUAAGGGCGACAACGGCUACGGCUUCCACCUCCAUGGGGAGAAAGGUAAGACCGGUCAGUUCAUCCGGUUAGUGGAGCCCGACAGCCCGGCGGAGACCUCGGGGCUGCGCGCCGGAGACCGGCUGGUGUUCGUGAACGGAGACGACGUGGAGAACGAGAGCCACCAGCAGGUCGUGGGCCGGAUACGAGUCACCGCGGGCCGCCUGGAGCUCGUCGUGGUGGACCCGGACACCGAGCAGCUGCUGAAGAAACACAACAUGAAGUGUCUGAGGGAGUAUGUCUCUGACGGGGUCCCGUUACCCUUCGAUGAAGAGGAGGAGGAGGAGGAGGAGGAGGUGGAGGUGGUGGUGGACGGGACAGUAAACGGGGAUGAGAGGCACGCCAAAGCGCAGGAGGUGGAGGAGAUAGAGGAAGAGAGAGAGGAGAGGGAUGGGACACCCAGGGAGUCCACGCCGGUCCCGGAGAGUAACGGAGAAAUCCACGUGCACGUCGACAAAAAGCUGAGCAUGAACUCUGAGAAGGAGGUGUUGAGCGCUGAACUGCGGCCACGUCUCUGUGUGAUCCAGCGAGGGCAGAACGGAUAUGGCUUCAACCUGCACAGCGAGCGGGCGCGGCCAGGCCAGUACAUCAGAGCUGUGGAUGAAGACUCUCCAGCAGAGAGGGCAGGCCUGCUGCCCAAGGACAGGAUAGUACAGGUGAACGGUCAGUCAGUAGACGGGAAGACACAUUCAGAAGUGGUGGCCGUCAUUAAAGCCGGCGGGAAUGAGGCACGUCUGCUGGUGGUGGACGCCGACACAGACGCUUUCUUUAAGAGGUGCAGAGUGACCCCCGCCUUGGACCAUGUCACCGGUCCGCUGCCUGAGCCUGUCAUUAAUGGAGGGAUGGAGGAGAAGGUGAAUGGCAGAGGGGCAAAAGAGACAGAGAGGGAUUCAAAGCUGUCCGUCAGUCCUUCUCCAUCCAACGCCUCGUCCAACACCUCGCUCACAACCCCGCCUGCCAACACCCCAUCUGAUGGUUUUAGCGCGGACGCCAUCCCAGCCCUCAACCUGUCGCUGCAGCAGGUCAAAGAGCGCGCCCACCAGAAACGCUCCAGCAAGAGAGCCCCGCCAAUGGACUGGACCAAGAAAAAUGAACUCUUCAGCAACCUAUAGAGCACCUCAGCUCAGCUCACCUCACACACACACACACAUACACUCACACACACAUUUUAUAGUGAUUCUUACAGAGAGACAUUUUUUUAUUAUCAUGACAUUAAAAGCGCAGUUUAACUAUUGGCAUCAGACAAAUCAAGCCGUUCUGUAAAAUAUAGUAUUCUUCUUCUUAUUACUCUUCAUGUUAUUAUAACCCAGAUAUUAUAUAUAAUGCGCUACUAACAAUGAGAGAUGAAUAUGCCAAUGAAAGAGAACUGGACCAUGUUGAAAAGGUGUGUUUGUGUGUGAGUGUGUGUGUGUGUGUGUGUGUGUGUGUCUGUGUGUGUGUGUGUGUGUGUGUGUGUGUGGACCCUGACAGUCCCUGCUGGUCAGAGUCUGGUGCCUGUGGAAACGAGGAGGAGUUUAUCGUUAUACUAAGUUUAAUGACCGUCCUCCUCCGUCUGCUUAGCUGACUUUUAAAAGUCUCUACUACCAUUUAAAACAUCAUAAUGUCUUCAACAACAGGAGUUAAACCAGCCCGACAAUCAGUUCAUCAUCAUAGAAAUCUAGUUUACAUUUGUAUUAGUUUGUAGGGAUCAAACAUCUGACUGAACAGUAAUGUUUUAUUUUCUGUAGAUUACAGUUUACGUUAAAGGUCUUAUUGAUAACAUUUUUCAUGAUUGUGAAUUAAUCAUUUUAAAAAUGUUGACAGGUCCAAAAUGAAUGUUUUGUUUAUCUCUGU